AUGUUUCUUUUUUCCUUUGUUGUCCUCCUGGGCAUUCUCCCCUUUGGCUCUAGCCAGUUUCCUCGGGCAUGUGCCAAUGCAGACAGCCUGUUGAGAAAGGAGUGCUGUCCAGCUUGGCCUGGCGAUGGUUCCACUUGCGGAGAGCUUUCCGGUAGGGGAUCCUGCCGAGAGAUCCUUCUUUCAGAUGCCCCUCUUGGUCCUCAGUUUCCCUUCUCAGGAGUGGAUGACCGGGAAGACUGGCCUGCUGUGUUUUAUAACCGGACCUGCCAAUGCUCUGGCAACUUCAUGGGAUUUGACUGCGGUGACUGCAAGUUCAACUUUGUGGGUCCCAGCUGCACAGAAAGAAAGCUGCGGGUGAGGAGAGACAUUUUCCGGCUAAGCACCGGGGAAAAGUACCAAUUCCUUGCCUACCUCAACUUGGCUAAGCACACAACCAGCCGGGAUUUUGUAAUUGCCACUGGAACGUAUGCCCAGAUGAGCAACGGCUCGGCUCCCAUGUUCCGAGACGUCGGCGUCUAUGACCUCUUUGUCUGGAUGCAUUAUUAUGUUUCUCGGGACACUUUGCUCGGGGGCACCAAUGUGUGGCGGGAUAUUGAUUUUGCCCAUGAGGCCCCGGGCUUCCUUCCUUGGCACCGGCUUUUUUUGCUCAUGUGGGAACAUGAGAUACAAAAGCUCACUGGAAACGAGAACUUCACCAUCCCCUACUGGGACUGGCGAGAUGCCAAGGGCUGUGACAUCUGCACAGAUGAGUACAUGGGUGGCAGACACCCCAACAACCCAAACUUACUCAGCCCAGCGUCUUUCUUCUCCUCGUGGCAGGUAAUUUGCAGCCAAUCAGAAGAGUACAACAGCCACCAAGAACUCUGCAAUGGCACUAAUGAAGGGCCUGUGCUUCGAAAUCCUGGGAACCAUGAUAAAAGGAGAACUCCCAGGCUUCCAUCUUCAGCUGAGGUUGAAUUCUGUCUAAGUCUGACCCAGUAUGAAGCUGGAACCAUGGACAAAAUGGCAAACUUCAGCUUCAGGAACACUUUGGAAGGCUUUGCAAAUCCAAGCACCGCAAUAUCAAAUGUGUCCCAAAGCAGUCUGCAUAACGCAUUACACAUCUACAUGAAUGGCUCGAUGUCCCAGGUGCAGGGAUCAGCGAACGAUCCCAUCUUCAUACUGCACCACGCCUUUGUCGACAGCAUUUUUGAACAGUGGCUCAGAAGACACCAGCCCCUGCGUGAGGUUUAUCCUGCAGCCAAUGCCCCCAUUGGACACAACCGUGAAUAUUACAUGGUCCCCUUCAUUCCCCUCUACAGGAAUGGAGAAUUCUUCAUUUCAUCAAGAGAUCUGGGAUAUGACUAUGAGUAUCUAACAGAUCCAGAACCCGACCCCUUCGAGAAAUUUUUGGUGCCUUAUUUGGAGCAAGCCCGUGAGAUCUGGCCAUGGCUGGUGGGGGCCGCUGUGGCUGGUGCCAUUAUAACAGCACUGAUCGCUGGAUUCAUCGCUCUAGGAUGUCGGAGGAAGAAAAGAAUCUCAGAGGAGACACAACCUUUGCUUACGGAGAGUGAAGACCAUCAGUAUGUGACCUACCAGUCACACUUAUAA